UCAAUAUAAAAAUACAUACUGGAAUCAUGAGGGGACUCAGCAUUGCUCUUACUUUUCUUCCUCUGCUUUCUCAUGUUUGUGGAGCCUGUACUGGUGGUUGGCACUCGUUUCAUAAUGGGGGCCCGUGCUUCAAGGUGUUCCGUGAACAAGGAAUAAACUGGAAUGAGGCUAACAAAAGAUGUCUGGCAUCUGGGACCGUCCUGGCACAAGUACCGGACCACAGUACCCACACCCACCUCAUCAACCUUAUAUCGUCGGAGCACAUGGCUGGGUUUUUCAUGAUCGGUGCUACUAACUGGGGAGGCAGCUGGAAAUGGACUAAUCUCGGUAGUCACCUAACUUCUAGUCAUAGUUAUUGGCUGUCGGGUCAGGCAGACAACUACUGUCCUCCCUUCCACAUGUGUCAUGAAGGUCAACAUUGUGUAGCUUAUAGCAACAAAAACAGUGACCACUGGGGCUGGGACGACAUCACUUGCAGUGUUUCUAUUUAUGAUUAUUACAUUUGUGAAAAGAAUGCUGACGGCCAAAGUGGACCGAUUGUCGGAUAAAAGAUGUCUCUCCCGCAUUCAGUGACGAAGAAGCAAUCGAUACGUUCCAUCAAAUAUGUAUUCUAUUUGAAUAAACUGUGUUUAAA